CGCAUGCGCACAAGUAAAGGCGACACAAAUACAAACGGAACCCGGGUAUUGGAAAGUAAAGACAAUGCCAAACACCGGGAGCCCACUGGCUGGGCUGUGAAUGCGGACAGCGCCACAUGGAGGCUGUGCUGAAAAACGUGGGCAGUACCGUGGAGCUGCUGGCCGUGGCCGCCCACAGCGGCGUGGUGAAUGAGUGGGAUGAGCAGACCGUGACCAGGGCUUUUCACUGGGCCAGGUACUGUGAGCAUAUUUACAGCAGGUUCCACGGUAACCCCGUCAUCAGAGGAGUCCUGGAGAAGCAGCUGCAGCUCACCAAUCACAGUUUGAAGGAAGCUCUUCCAGAAUACAACGCAGUGUCGUUUUUGGAUCUGGGCCGCUGCCAGGACCUGCUGCUCCUCUUUCUGUUGAACAACUCUGCAUUGCCGAUCUCCAUCAUGAAGAUGCUUUUUGAAACCAAGGCCUCUGCUGAUUCUACAAGCAGCGGCUAUGAAGACGUCAGAGGCCUCUGCAACCAGAUCAUUCAGUGCAAAUCUGCCUGUAUGGUCCUGCGUCCCCUCCUGGGCGUACCCUCUGUUGGUGCUGAUGCUGAAGUUCAGGGAGAGAUGUUGAUGGAAAGGUUGAGAUCCAUGCUGAGCCAGAGCAGCGAUCCCUGCCAGGUGGAGGACUUUCUGAGCUCCGUCCUUCAGGAAUUUGAGGUUGCAGCGGAGCAUUUGUGUCCAGUCAUCGCUGCAGCUCUGCUGACAAAAGACUCGGCUGCACAAACCGCCUCUCAGGAUUUUCUCCUGGACUGGCUGACGAGUCGGCACGGCAUACUGCAGCAUGUGUGCACUGUGCUGCCUUCCAAGGUUCUUGCAGACUUAGCAGAAAGACACCAGAAAUUUAGAGAUUCGUUCUGCAAGCUGCUGAAGAAGUGGGCCUCGGAGAUGGAGUACAGGGUAACAGAAGGCGAAUGGGUUCACGCUGCUACAAAUUCUGCGGUGUCCUUCCAGAAAAUGACGGAGCAUUAUUUGACCCUGUUUGAGGCCUGUCCCUCUCUGAGGACAGAAAUAGAGGCUGAGCUAAAUACACAGAGGAUUGCUGAUGGAGACUUUGAUGUCAGAGGUCUGAGUGUGUGGGGGGACAUCAUGUUGGCAUUGAGAAAGUGACCUCUGGUUUCUUUCGAACUAGAAGAUACCAUCAAGUUUACAUGAUAAUUUGUCUGCCUGAUGUCUGUUAAUAUUAAAUAAAAUAAACUGCUUUCCAAAAAAUAAGACAAAUAAAAAGACAUUUGAUCAUCUGAAGGAUGCAGUGCACCUGUUCACUACUGAUUUAUGGUUAUUUAUAUUUAUUAUGCUGGUGUUUGCUAUUGUUGAGCAUUGUUCAAGAAUGUUUUUUAUGAAGUGGAAUUGAACAAUAAGGCAAUAAAUAAUUUUUUUAGGUUA